AUGGAGGACCAAUAUGUCACCCCUAGUGUACUAUCUUGCGUCUCCAACGACGACGACGAGCUCGACAUGUGCAUGGGGGGCGACAAUCAGGACGGCAAUGAGGACGGCAAUGAAUACGACGGGAGCACACCAGGCGGUUCGUCUCAGAAUGAGGGAGGCCUGCAGGGAUAUACAUAUCCCCAGGAAACUAGUCCCGACUACGAAAUACAAGAAGUUAUUUAUCAUGACGAGUGUCAUCAGGACCAAUCCCCCGAAACCCCGGCACCAUGGCAGGCCACAGCAGACAUUGACGACAAUUUCGAAUCUACGCUUGGUGGACUUGUCAAGAGCUUGAACGACGAGCAGGCCUCCUUGAAUGAGCGGCAGGAGCGCGUCAACAGUGGAGCCAGGGGAGUCGUGGCCGGCGUUGCCAAACACAUGUUGCAGAAACACCUCCCGCAGCUUGAAAAAGUGACGGAUGGACUAAAGAAAUCAUACCAACACCUGGAGGAAUUGUCUUCCCCGCAGCUCAAGAACGCCGUCACACGAGCCUCGCAGUCCCCUCUCGACGAAGGUAUAGACAAAAAUGCUUUGCAACGUCACUUGUCCGACGCACUCCAAGCGCUAGACACCGCAUGCAAAGCGCUGCAUGGCAUACAAACACCGGCCCAGGAGUGUCGCGAAAUGCAACGAGCAGCUUCAUACAAAGAGCAAAACAACGCCCUCACUGUGCCCCUUUCGGCGUGUCCCGACGCCGCCGGUAUCGGUAACUGUAGAACCAAUGAUUCGAGCCUGACCGGACCGAUCAACGACUUCCAUUUUAACUCGGCAGACGCAGGGAACAACGACAUGUAUCAGUUCUCUGACUUCCUGGACCCGACGACUCUGAACGAUGUAAAUGGGAUUAUGACAAGCAACACGGAGCCGCUUCUUUCCCCCAUGCCAGGGUGGGGCAACCAGCCGGCUACCUACGCCUUUGUUGGAAAUGCAAGUUGCUAG